GGGAGGAGGGGAAGGUUGAGGAGGAAGGAGGGGGAGCGGGAGGAGCGGCCGGGCCUGGGGCCUUGAGGCCGGGAGAGCCGGGAAGCUGGGCCGGCGCGCCGAGAUGUUGCUGCCGCUGCUGCUGCCGCUGGCGCCGCUCUUCCUCCGCCCCCCGGGCGCGGGCGGGGCGCAGACCCCCAACGCCACCUCAGAAGGUUGCCAGAUCAUACACCCGCCUUGGGAAGGGGGCAUCAGGUACAGGGGCCUGACUCGGGACCAGGUGAAGGCUAUCAACUUCCUGCCGGUGGACUAUGAGAUUGAGUAUGUGUGCCGGGGAGAGCGCGAGGUGGUGGGGCCCAAGGUCCGAAAGUGCCUGGCCAACGGCUCCUGGACAGAUAUGGACACACCCAGCAGAUGCGUCCGCAUCUGCUCCAAGUCAUAUUUGGCCCUGGAAAAUGGGAAGGUUUUCCUGACGGGUGGGGACCUCCCCACUCUGGACGGAGCCCGGGUGGAUUUCCGAUGUGACCCUGACUUCCAUCUUGUGGGCAGCUCCAGGAGCAUCUGUAGUCAGGGCCAGUGGAGCACCCCCAAGCCCCACUGCCAGGUGAAUCGAACGCCGCACGCAGAACGGCGCGCAGUGUACAUCGGGGCGCUGUUCCCCAUGAGCGGGGGCUGGCCCGGGGGCCAGGCCUGCCAGCCCGCGGUGGAGAUGGCGCUGGAGGACGUCAAUAGCCGCAGGGACAUCCUGCCGGACUAUGAGCUCAAGCUCAUCCACCACGACAGCAAGUGUGACCCAGGCCAAGCCACCAAGUACCUGUAUGAGCUGCUCUACAACGACCCCAUCAAGAUCAUCCUCAUGCCUGGUUGCAGUUCCGUCUCCACGCUUGUGGCUGAGGCUGCCAGGAUGUGGAACCUCAUCGUGCUCUCCUACGGCUCCAGCUCACCGGCCCUGUCCAACAGGCAGCGCUUUCCCACAUUCUUUCGAACUCAUCCGUCGGCCACGCUCCACAACCCUACCCGUGUGAAGCUCUUUGAAAAGUGGGGCUGGAGGAAGAUCGCCACCAUCCAGCAGACCACUGAGGUCUUCACCUCGACUCUGGACGACCUCGAGGAGCGAGUGAAGGAGGCUGGAAUUGAGAUUACUUUCCGCCAGAGUUUCUUCUCAGAUCCAGCCGUGCCAGUCAAAAACCUUAAGCGCCAGGAUGCCCGCAUCAUCGUGGGACUUUUCUAUGAGACUGAAGCCCGGAAAGUGUUUUGUGAGGUGUACAAGGAGCGGCUCUUCGGGAAGAAGUAUGUCUGGUUCCUCAUUGGGUGGUACGCUGACAACUGGUUCAAGACCUAUGACCCAUCCAUCAACUGCACAGUGGAUGAGAUGACCGAGGCCGUGGAAGGCCACAUCACCACCGAGAUUGUCAUGCUGAACCCUGCCAACACCCGCAGCAUCUCCAACAUGACAUCCCAGGAGUUUGUGGAGAAACUGACCAAGAGACUCAAGAGACACCCCGAGGAGACAGGUGGUUUCCAGGAGGCACCGCUGGCCUACGAUGCCAUCUGGGCCUUGGCGCUGGCCCUGAACAAGACGUCUGGAGGGGGUGGCCGUUCAGGGGUGCGCCUGGAAGACUUCAACUAUAACAACCAGACCAUCACCGACCAAAUCUACCGGGCAAUGAACUCCUCGUCCUUCGAGGGUGUCUCUGGUCACGUGGUGUUUGAUGCCAGUGGCGCCCGGAUGGCCUGGACGCUCAUCGAGCAGCUGCAGGGGGGCAGCUACAAGAAGAUCGGCUACUAUGACAGCACCAAGGAUGAUCUUUCCUGGUCCAAGACGGACAAGUGGAUCGGAGGGGCCCCCCCGGCUGACCAGACCCUGGUCAUCAAGACAUUCCGCUUCAUGUCCCAGAAACUCUUCAUCUCGGUCUCUGUGCUCUCCAGCCUUGGCAUUGUCCUGGCUGUGGUCUGUCUGUCGUUUAAUAUCUACAACUCUCAUGUCCGUUAUAUCCAGAACUCCCAGCCCAACUUGAACAAUCUGACGGCUGUGGGCUGCUCCCUGGCGCUGGCUGCCGUCUUCCCCCUCGGGCUGGAUGGUUACCACAUCGGGAGAAGCCAGUUCCCCUUCGUCUGCCAGGCGCGUCUCUGGCUCUUGGGUCUGGGCUUUAGCCUGGGCUACGGCUCCAUGUUCACUAAGAUCUGGUGGGUCCACACGGUCUUCACAAAGAAGGAGGAGAAGAAGGAGUGGAGGAAGACCCUGGAGCCCUGGAAGCUGUACGCCACGGUGGGCUUGUUGGUGGGCAUGGAUGUCCUCACUCUUGCUGUCUGGCAGAUCGUGGACCCUUUGCACCGGACCAUUGAGACUUUUGCCAAGGAGGAGCCGAAGGAAGAUAUUGACGUGUCCAUCCUGCCCCAGCUGGAGCACUGCAGCUCCAAGAAGAUGAAUACGUGGCUCGGCAUUUUCUAUGGUUACAAGGGGUUGUUGCUGCUGCUGGGCAUCUUUCUUGCUUACGAGACCAAGAGCGUGUCUACGGAGAAGAUCAAUGACCACCGGGCUGUGGGCAUGGCCAUCUACAAUGUGGCGGUCCUGUGCCUCAUCACUGCCCCGGUCACCAUGAUCCUGUCCAGCCAGCAGGACGCAGCCUUCGCCUUCGCAUCUCUUGCCAUAGUGUUCUCCUCCUAUAUUACUCUGGUCGUGCUCUUCGUGCCGAAGAUGCGCAGGCUGAUCACCCGGGGAGAGUGGCAGUCGGAGGCGCAGGACACCAUGAAGACGGGCUCGUCCACCAACAACAACGAGGAAGAGAAGUCCCGGCUGUUGGAGAAGGAGAACCGGGAGCUGGAGAAGAUCAUUGCUGAGAAAGAGGAGCGUGUCUCCGAGCUGCGCCAUCAGCUUCGGUCUCGGCAGCAGCUCCGCCCCCGGCGCCACCCCCCUACGCCCCCAGACCCCUCGGGGGGCCUGCCCAGGGGCCCCCAUGAGCCCCCCGACCGGCUCAGCUGUGACGGGAGCCGGGUUCAUUUGCUGUACAAGUGAGGGCCCAAGGGGGGGAGGAGGGGCUGGGGGAAGGCCUCCUCUGUGAGUCGGGUCGUCUGGGUCCCCAGGACUGU